AUGUUCUUUGAAUUUUCUUAUAAACUUUACUCACACAAACCUCAAACAUUACAUCAAAUAACUAAAUAUCCUAGAAUACUUGAAAAGCAGUUCGAAGCAGUUUACAUUAUGUCUGAAACGUUCCUAUAUGAUGCCAAAACAUCUCAGCAACAGCUUCCUUUUGAAUUUGGUUCAUCUUAUUCUCCACAAGUUUCAUAUCAUUUCAAUCCUAAAGUAUCACAGUAUCAUUAUGGUGUUAGGCAUCCUAUGAAACCGUUUAGAUUGAUGUUAACAGAUCAUUUAGUAUCGUGUUAUGGGUUGCAUAAGAUUAUGGAUCUCUAUGAGACGAGGGAGGCCACUAAGGAAGAGUUGUUAGAAUUUCAUGCUCCGGAUUACAUAGAAUUCUUGUCUCAUGUAACACCUGAGAACCUAAACAAACUACCCAGAGGUUCCUUGGAGAAAUUUAAUAUUGGAGACGAUUGUCCUAUCUUUCAAGGUAUGUUCGACUACAGCAUCUUAUAUGCGGGAGCAUCUUUAGAUGCAGCGAGGAAGUUGAUCAAUAAUCAAUCGGAAAUUGCUAUCAAUUGGUCUGGCGGGUUACAUCAUGCCAAAAAGAGCAAUCCGUCAGGGUUCUGUUAUGUGAAUGAUAUUGUGUUAGCAAUAAUCAGCUUGUUGCGGUAUCACCCCAGAGUGCUAUAUAUCGACAUAGAUUUACACCAUGGUGAUGGUGUGCAGGAAGCAUUCUACACAACAGACCGGGUUUUUACGGUAUCGUUCCACAAAUAUAAUGGGGAGUUUUUCCCAGGUACAGGGGAUUUAGACGAAAUAGGUUGUUCUAAAGGCAAAAAGUUUUCCUUAAAUGUUCCAUUGCAGGACGGGAUUGAUGAUGAUUCAUAUAUUAAUUUGUUCAAGAGUAUAAUAGACCCAUUAGUUACUUCCUACAAGCCCACAGUUAUCAUUCAACAGUGUGGUGCAGAUUCAUUGGGGCAUGACAGGUUGGGUUGUUUUAAUUUAAACAUCAAAGCACAUGGUGAGUGCGUUAAAUUUGUAAAAUCAUUUGGUAUUCCUAUACUCUGUGUAGGGGGCGGUGGCUACACGCCCAGAAAUGUCUCGCGCCUAUGGGCAUAUGAGACUGGUGUAUUAAACGAUGUAUUGUUACCAUCAGAUAUUCCCAAGGAUAUUCCUUUCACUGAUUGGUUUGGUCCAGAUUAUUCAUUACAUCCUGUUCUAGAUGAUCUUUAUGAAAAUAAGAACUCAAAAAAAUAUUUGGAAAAUAUACGGAUCAGAUGUCUUGAGAAUUUGAAAUACCUUCAGGGCGCUCCUAGUGUACGUAUGGAUGCAGAAUUAAUACCAACUCAGGAUCUUUCUGGGUUAACGGAAGAAGAGGAGGAACUGAUACGAGACUUGAACCAGGAGGACGAGCUUUAUAGAUUGGAACAAAUAGAAAGGGAAAAUACUCGUCGAGGAGAGUUAAUGUAA